GUCCUGUGUCGAUCGUGCAAAUUGUAAACAAAAUAAAGGUCGGCGUGUGGUGUCGAGUAGGCUACUCCAUAAUCUCGUCAACAAUUUUCAGUACAGUUUCAGAUAUUACUAAUAGCUGCAAGUUGAGAGGUAAUAUGUGUGCAUAUGUCCAGUGUAGAACGCAGUAGAAUCCAGUGUGAUUGGUCAUGAGCAACUAAAGAGUGACCGGGUUUUACGGCAGAAAUAUGGCUCCACCAAGUUCGCCUCUCAAGCGCAGCCUCAGCAGCAUUGGGCGCCAGAUCUCCUUCCGCCAGCCCAUCAGGCCCUUCAUCUCCUCCACCUUCGUGGACUUCUUCGAGGAGCGGGACCACCUGGUCAAGCGGGUCUUCCCCCAGCUGAACAGCCUGUGCCACCAGCGGGGCACCCACUUCAGCCCCGUGGACCUACGCUGGGGCAUCAACGAGGAGCAGUCGCAGUCCGGUAACGUCAUCUCCCUCUGCCUGGACUACAUCAACUCCUGCAGCCCUUUCUUCAUCUGUCUCCUCGGGGAGCGCUACGGCUCCCGGCGGCCCACCGAUGCACGGCCGCUCCAGCCCAACGCCGACAUCAACAGCAAGGACCUGACCUGGCUGGAUAAGAACUACCUGGUGGCAGCCGCCAACGGUCAUAACUGGAUCCUGCAGGAAGCCUAUCAGUGCUGUAGCGUGACGGAGUUGGAGAUCAUUCAGGCUGUCUAUCUGAAUGACAGCCAGCAUUGCAGGUUCUACUUCAGGGAUGUCAGGCACAUUGAAGACAAGUUUGCCGAUCUGCCUCAAGUUGAGAGAGAAAACAAAUUACAGAUAUAUAGCAGUGAGAAUGAAGAGACAGAACUGCGAGUGCGGGAUCUCAAGAGGAAACUCGUCAACAAGGGCCUACCGGUGCGAUUCUUCCGGACGGUAGAGGAGCUUGGGGAGAAAGUUUUGCAGGAUUGGAACGCCAUCAUCAACCAGCUGUUUCCACCACUGCACGACGUCACGACGGACGUAGACGGUGAACAGUUUCGUGAGUGGACGGCCCACGAGGCUUACGCUGAAACACGGCGCCGCGUAUUCGUCCAAACGCCACACAUCAGCAAGCUGUUUGACCAGCUGGAUGCACACGCAUUUCUGGCUCUCAAAGAACCACGACCGGAAGAUGAGAAGGUGCAACAAGAAGGAAAUUAUAAAGUGAAUGGUGCAGGAAAAGGACGGAAGUCCACGGAGCUGAUCAAACAGGCAGAGCCAUCUAUUCUUACACUGGUCGGAGAAAGAGGUUGCGGCAAGACGGCCAUCGUCGCUAACUGGGUGAAGCAUUUGAAGAAGAGCUACCCGGGGCUCAGGGUCAUCUCGCACUUUGUUGGCAGCAGCGCCCUCAGCACAGACAUCACCAGCUUCCUGCGUCGUGUCACCUACGAGCUGCGAGGGGAAUUCGUUGGGAACCAGAAUGAGACAUCGGGUGAUACAGAGGACAUGUCUAACUUCCAUCAUAUCUGCGAGGCGUUUGUGGCAGCAGUGGCCAUGGGUCCUUGCGUGCUAGUACUGGACGGCAUCGAUGAACUGAGCGGUACCCUUGGGCAGAACAUGCACCAGGUGAAAGAGAUGUCCUGGCUGCCCGCUGCGCUACCCCCGCAGUGCCAAAUCGUCCUGAGCACCGUCCGCUCCGACCUGACCUACAAGACCCUCUCCCAGCGGGGGGACACGCAGGUCCUGCCGGUCCCGCUCUUCAGGGACAAAGGCCAGAAGACCACCAUGGUGGCCAACAACCUGGCCGUCCACUGCAAGUGCCUGGACCAGGCCCAGAUGGAGAAGGUGGUCGCUUCCAAGCUGAGUGACCGGCCGUUGUUUCUGUCCAUUCUGGCCAACGAGCUCCGAGUCUGCGGGAGCUAUGGAAACCUGGACAAGGUGAUGGAGCAAUACAUAGAGGCAGUGACAUUCAGGGACCUGUGGAAAUGUGUGAUUCACCGAUGGAUUAGGGAUUACGGAUGGACAACGGACGGCCGCUCAACGUCGGUUUCCACUGAUAACAGCUUGGAUGACGUAUCAGGCUGGGUCGCAGAGGUGCUGCGCCUGAUCAGCUGUUCCAGACACGGCCUGAGUGAGCCCGAGAUCCUGGAACUGCUGAGAAUGAUGGGAUACACAGGUCAGGCUGAGGUCACGCCCUUUGACUUUGCCCUCUUCCGGUCGGCCACCUUCGAUGCCCUGGUGGAGAGGCCCGGGGGCCUGAUGAGUUUCUUCCAUCAGCAUCUCAGGGAGGCUGUGGAACACUCGUUGCUCGGAAUGAUCAGCGGCACAGCAGGCUUGCCCGACUCCCCCGAAGCCUCCGCCGUCAACUUCCUGGCGGUGGGCCAGAACCGCCAGAAGAGGACGUGCCACGAGGCCCUGUCCCGCUACUUCUGGAAGCAGCCACACAGCCUGCGCAGAACCGGGGAGUUGCCCUGGCAACUGGAGAAAUGCGGCGACGUGCAGGGCCUCUAUAGCAUCCUGACGGAACCUGAAGUAUUCCUAAUGAUGUGCCAGGACAGCAUUCAGAGCGUGGCCCUCAAGCUGGAUCUCCUGCGCUACUGGCAGCGACUGAGCCGCAGCGGCUACGACAUCGCCGAGACUUACGAGAAGAUGGUCAUGAACGCGUUGUAUGAGCAAGAGCUUGCCUGGAAUGGUGGACGGGGGAAUCCCGGUGACCAAGAAGCGGCUGUGGUGAAUGAUGGAGAUGGAGGAAAGACAUUGCCAUCCUCUGCCAAGAAACUUCUUUACAAGCUCUCCGUCAUUGAAGAAAGUGAGGGGUCGGUUUCUCCCAACGACAGCCCCGUACAUGAAAGCAAGAUUUUGUCUUCAGAUGCAAGUCUCACAAAUGGAACCGAUGCCAAGGCUUCAUUGUGCUCCUCUUCAGCCUCCGCCUCAGUGCAGGACAAAGUGUCUCCAGCCUCCGUUAAAGGGCCUAGUACAGCCACCGAUGAUAGGGAGGCACUCUCGUCCUCAGAUACUGAUGAGGAGGCGGGGGAAGUGUGGGAGGAUGCCAGAGAUGGAACAGAACCACAGAGUGACGAAGGAAUGUCCACAUUAGAAGACAUCUUCUAUGAGUUCAAGCCACAGGACAGAUGCAAGAUGGCCGUGCUUGCAAUGCAUGCUGGGAAGUUCCUGGCCGAGAAGUCAAUUUUCACGCACUCGGAAAGGCUGUUGCAGUUGGCGCAUGAAGAAAUCAAAACGAAAUUCCCCCUGAGCACCCCAGAGCAGCUCUUCCUUGUUAAGGUCGAGGAAAACCUGGGAGAUCUCCACCGUUUCCAGCUCCAUAAGCAUGCAGCCAAGAAAUUCUACCACAAGGCACUCAAUACACUCAGCAACAUCGCUGCGGACAAGUCCGACGAUAUCUACAAGCAACUGCAGGAAAAUCAAGGUCGUCUGUUGAACCAUCUUGGUCACAUGGCCGUCAAGGAGCAGACCAAAGAGGUACAAGAAGCAGAGACGAUCCUGCAGAAGGCUAGCCAAUGCAUGAGAGAUGCUAACAGCAUCGCUGGCUUGGCUACUGCGCAGUUCAUUCUUGGCCUAGUUCAAGUAAAGAAGAGAGAUUAUGUCACAGCAGAGAAAUGCCUGUGUGAGGCCUUGGGCACUAGGGAGCGAUGGUAUGGCAAAUCCCAUCCGCACGUUGGCGAAGUACUGGAUGAGCUGGGCGGUCUGCUGUGCAACAAGAAGAAUCUACAGAGGUAUGACAGAAAAAUGGCCGAGACAUAUUUCCGGAGGGCGCUGUCCAUAAGAACCCAGUCCUAUGGCAGAGACCAUCUUCUUGUCGGAACCACGUUGUUCCAUCUCGGACGACUCCUGAAAUCUAGUGGUAGUCAGCAGUGCAAGACAGAGGCCGUGACCCUUCUGGGCCGUGCCCAUGACAUCCGCACCACUCACCUGGGGGCCAAUCACUUCCUGACCAAGGCCGUGCGGCAAGCCCUGAGGGAGGUCCAGAAACAGCUGACAGCCGGCGAUUACGACUACGCUCCGGUCAAGCAGCCGGACCGACGCACCAAGGAUCAACCUUACAGUGCCCUCAGCUGGCAGGAGGCUGACCUGAUGGGUUUCGAGAAGCGGGCCCGGGCCAAGAGCGCCGUGCUGAGUGAGGAGAGAAAAGGCCGUGAACAGCGCCAGAGGAAGGCGGUUGGGAAUGGGUCGGUUAGAAAUCCAGACGCAACAAACAUUUCUGGUAAUGAGCAAGUUACAGAGGGCUCUGAUAGUGGAGAGAUUAGUUUAAAAGCCAGGUCAAAUAGUGUACCCAGUAUACCUGACAGUAUCUCAACACAGAAUCAUGCCUCGGGACCACUUUUCACGGGCAAGGGGUUUCGUCAAGAAGCAAAUCGAGCAACUGGACAUGUAGCCGAGAGAGAUAUGGGCUCUGCACGGACCACAAAUCGGACACGGCGACCAAGAAGCAUGCAUGGCACUUACAAGGCGGAUCAAAGUAAACCUGGAGGAAGAGCUGCAAGCACCCGUUCUCCCGUCAGGACAUAUCCGACUGAAAUACUCACUCAUCCCACGAGGACACAGCAGAGUCAGAGACAGGAUAAUCUGCAGUCUCUGUGCUUGAUACCCAGGGCCGACGCACAUGGUGGAAACACGGCUCCCCACCCAGUUGAGAGUUCAUCCCGGGAUGCUUUCAAACGUUUCAGCACUUGGAGUUCCGGGACGCACAACAGCAGCAGACCCCAAAGCUCCCAGAGUCCAGGUCCUGGAUCAACCUCAUCAGGCAGGGGGCAGGAUACACGGCACGGCCCACGACCCUUCAGCAGCACCAGUCAGGUGUCGCACACCUCACACCGUUCCCGCUGUGACAUUCCCAGUGCCUUCCAGAUGCACCCUAGCAACGACAGGACGAUACGAGGGCCGCACAGCCAAAUCCAGGCCGUGCUGGGGGACCCUCCAUGCCCCCGGCCCGUACAGCCAAAGGUGCUUCAUACAUCGGCGUGGUGGCAUGAACCGGGCCGCUACCCUAAGAAGCCUGAUGAUAUCUACCCGCCUAGGAGACACCAGAAACGCCCCGUCAGUAGCGUUCCUGCUGUCGAAUCCAGCAACAGGUUCAGUGUGCUCGAAUCAAUGGGUGAUAACGACAUCUGAAUGAUGUACUAUGCAUUGCAAUAUCCAAAAACAUGAUCAUGUGGAUUUUACACACAAGUGUCUUGAUUGUCUGUCAAUCAAGUUAAUUUUCUCACGUCAUUUGCCUUCACGAUAUAAUGUGAGCAAUAAUUUUGAUAGGAUUUAUAAAUUUGAAAAACACUGAUACAUGUACUUGUAUGUUGUUUGGAUCACUAAAAAAAUAUGGAUGUUUUUCUAUAAAGUUCUAUUUUCAACCAGUUAGAUAUUUUGAGAAUCAAAAUAAGGUUUUGUAGGACCCUCCAAGCUGUAAAGUGUUGUUUUAAAGUUUUAUAUUGCUUAUAGUUGAAGAGGUGAUUGUACACAAGCUUCCAAAUAGUUUAUGCAGUAAAAAGUGGAAAGUGAUGUAUAUUCAGGAAACAGUUAUUUUGCCUUUGAAUGCUUCUUUAUUGUCAUACAUGUAUAGCACGCACAUCUUACCUAGAAUGCAUUUGAAAUAUGUCUCAAGACACUGUAUAAUGCAACUGAAAUAUGAUUGUUCAUUUAUAUUUAAGUUCAAUGGAUUGUCAAAGUGCUUCCUUAGUCCAUUUUCAUGAGUUGGUUGUAAUCUACCAGAACAUUUGCGAUAGAAUGAUACUGAAAUUUGUACCAACUGGACAACAGAUGACAUCCUGUGUUAUGGGCUCCGUGCACAAGUACCCCCUCAACGGUAAGAAAAAGGAGAGUUUUGGAAGACGCGAAGACGCUAUGGCUUUGUGAACAUCAACUUCAUAAUAAAAUAUAGUUGCGUGUACUAAAUCUAGCUAUAUAAGCAAAAAUAUAUCUAUGGGCGUGGUUCAAAGUCAAUAACUCGAGGAAUGAAAAGUCGAAAAAAUUAUUUUUGGACAUUUGUAACUUUUCCUGAAAAGUCAUAGGUUAAGAAAUCCGAUUUUGAUUGGAAGAAAUUCCUGUUCACUGUGCAUCAAACCACGCACACAGAUUUAAUCCAGUAAGAAUGAUACUGUAGUUAUAGUAAAACGGUGGAAAAUUGUCAUCAUAAACUAAUAAUAAUAAUAAUAAUAAUAAUCGGCAUUUAAGAACGCUCUUAUUAGUAAACUAAAUCACAGCGCUUACAAAUAAUGAACAUUUAAAUUAAAUAAAUAAAUUAAGUUAAAUAAUAAAAACAGGUAGCAUAGACAAUGAAUUGAUUAUUGGUGGAAUAAAUUGGUCUUGAUCAGCUUCUUGAAUUGCUCGAGAGAUUUGGCAUUUUGAAUGGAAAAGGGCGGACUAUUCCACUCCUUCGCUGCAGUGACUGUGAAGGUUCUGUCACCAGCUUUGUUGUGGGUACGUGGGAAAGUCAGACGAAAAGGAUUAGAACUAGAACGGAGGUUUGGUCUGGGGGGAACAUGAGGCAAAAUGCAGGACUGCAUAUAUUCUGGUGACUGGUUGUGAAAUGAUUUGUGUACCAAAAGUAAUAACUUGUAACGAAUUCGUUUGGAGAUGGGUUACCAGUGUAGUGACUGCAGCAAAGGGGUGGAAUCCUGUCUUCGGUUAGUCCUGUAGAUUAAGCGAGCUGCCCAGUUCUGGAGACUCUGGAGUCUUUUAAGGUGACUUGUUGGGACAGAUGUGAGAAGCCCAUUACAGUAAUCUAACCUUGAUAGGAUGAGACCUCUAACUGCAUGACAAGAAUUAUAAUCGAUGAAUUUUCUAAUUUUUGAAAUAUUGCGAAGGUGAAACCGGACAACAUUGCAUAAUUGAGUAAUGUGAGAUGUCAUGGACAUAUUACAAUAAACUAGCACUUUGUUAACUGAAAUAAACCGGCUACUGUGUACAAAGCUGUAUAUGUUAUUCGACUUUAACUUUAUGCAUCAAUUGUAACUUGUUUCAACUUUAUUAAUGAAAACGGGGAUUUCGUGUUUCUAUAUCGAUUACAUAGCGAAAUUUUGAUGGGCAUAUCUUGAUUGCAGAAGAUUGUGAAUUCUUAUGAAAACGAUUUUUUUCUGCCAUAUCAGUAAACAUUUGAAAUCUUUUAUGUUUUGAACCAGGCCAAAUUUUUGUAAUUAAGUGUUUGAAGUCAUUAAUUGACAAAA